ACUACAUAAGGUUCAUGCACCGUUCAAUGUUUGAUUAGGAUUUUGUUUCAUUGACAGAUGGAAAGUGCGUGAUCAGUAUCCGCCAGCUGUGAGGCUAAUUAUUGGUUAAUCAAAAUAAGGCUGUAGGGAAGACGGUGUCAGUGCACGUCUCAGUCUAUAUCUUAAAACUUUCACACGUCAAGUAAAAGACUUGAAAAAUACGAAGACUUUUGACUGUUAGUGUAAGAAGAUGGAAAAUAACCUUAUAUUUCAGCUAUCCAGCAGUUACAGGAAUGUUUAGCGCAACUGCAUUUAUUAAAUAGAAGGCCAUACAAGUUUCCCGUCAUGUUCUCGGCUAUCAAACGCCUUGCUGGGAAGGCAGAGGGUGUGAAUAAUGUUGCCCGGCCUGGUCAUCAGUCAAUGUCACAUAGUCUACAGAGAAAGUUUGCCAAAGGAGUACAGUACAAUAUGAAGAUAAUAAUUAAAGGUGACCGGAAUGUUGGCAAGACCUGCUUAUUCCAUAGGCUCCAAGGACAGAAAUUUGUUGAAGAAUACAUUCCAACAGAAGAGAUUCAGGUGGCUAGUAUUCAGUGGAGCUAUAAGGCUACUGAUGACGUAGUGAAGGUGGAAGUGUGGGAUGUAGUUGAUCGGGGUAAGAAGAAGAAGCGAUUUGAUGGGCUCAAACUUGAGAACAGCCAAUUCGAAGUGACCGAAGAACCUGCUUUAGAUGCUGAGUUUCUCGAUGUAUACAAGGGCACUAACGGAGUCAUCAUUAUGAUGGACAUUACAAAAAGUUGGACAUUUGAUUAUGUGCAGCGUGAGUUACCCAAAGUACCUCCUCACAUUCCUGUGCUAGUACUGGCUAAUCAUUGUGAUAUGGCCCAUCACAGGACAGUGACUUCCGAUCAUGUGACUUACUUCAUCGAGAGCCAAGAGAGGCCGCCAAGAUCAGCGCAAGUCCGCUACGCAGAGUCGUCAAUGAGGAAUGGAUUUGGAUUAAAAUUAUUGCACAAAUUCUUCAACUUGCCAUUUCUGCAGCUGCAGAGGGAGACUUUGUUAGGACAGCUUGAUACAAAUGAGCAUGAGAUACAGCUCACAACCCAAGAGCUGGAUCUAUAUCAAGAGAGUGAUGAUGCUGACUAUAAUAAGUUCCUCGAUAAUCUUGUGAAUAAACGUCGUCAGGCCGCAGAUGUUAAUUCCAGUGCCACUUCUUCAGUGGUACCAGCAAGCACAUCCACAUCAGCGCAAGCAUUUGGUCCCACUUCUCAUAUCAGUCACCAACUUUCAGCACAGUCCUCACAAACAGGAAACAAGAACAAUUUGUCACCAAAUGUCCGACGAAGUUCCUCAUUGCCCGGUCCGAUCGGAGCAGGAAACCCAAUUGCUGGGUCUCACCCCACCUUGAUGCCAAAGGUCGUUAGUAUUCAAGAUACUUCUGAGCAGAAUAAACUUCCACAGCCUAGCAGUAAUGUUAGCAGCACAGCUGUUAGCUGUUCACAGUCUCACAAUUCCGUACAACAGCAGCAGAUGAUGCCAUCACAGUCAGUAGAAUCUCUCUCGUCCAGUGGAAAGCCAGAUGGAUCGUCAGCAGUUGGCUCCAAAAGCUCAGGUUUCAUGUCAAAGAUAUUUGGCAAACCUAAGGACAUACAGGAAGGAUUCCAGCAACGCAGGAGACAAAGCCUCGCAUCUGUUUCUAUCCCUCAGCCUAUAACAAGCGUGGAAGAAUUUGUACCUGAUGAAGGAGUACUGGACAGGUCAUUCUUGGAGGACAUGAACUUUCAGGAGCGGGGUACUCCGCAGCGCCUGGAGAUAGAAUCAGAUAGUGACACCGAAACCGAGAACCCAUUAGUUGCUGGCUUCCAAGAUGACCUUGACCCGGAGGAUAAUCUGCCAAAUACUGUCAGUAGUCAACAUGCUGUAGACAUGCUGAAAAAAGGAGAUUCUCUAUCCAGCUUAGAAAAUGAGAUCAUAAUCGAGAAUACAAAGACUGCUAAAAUUGAAGAAUUUAAUUUGAACGGUGAAGUAGCUGAGAUUACUGCAGAUGUAUUAGAUAAUUGGUUAAGUACCGACAGCAAAUGGCGGCGAAGCCCUGAGGGUGGUGAAGACAGUAACCAUAGCAGCAGUGUUGUGAGAGAGGACGAGGAAGAAGAGGAUAUCAGUGGUAGCCUAGCAUCAUCGAGUGUGCACCUGGAACUGCUGGAGCCAAGGCAGUUGCAGCAGUGCUCUGGCAGCACAAGUCCAGUCAUUCCCAGAGACAAGAAGAAAAGCAAACACAAGGAGAAGAAUGAAGAGAAAAGUACAAAGAAAUACAAGAAAAAAUGUAGCAAGGAGAAGGACUACAGUAAAUCUCAAAAUGACGAGAAAAAGAAAAAGAAAAAAUCAAGUCAUAAGGUUCGUGAAGAUGAACAGGAACAUGAUGAGUUAGAGGAAUUUCUUAAUGGCCCAGGAAUGGCACCAGUUGAUACAGCAUAUGAAACUAUUUAGCAUGUGGUCAUGGUCUUCAGGGAACUGAGGAAAAUAAUGAAGCACUUGAUGGAUGUUUGCUUCUGAGCCACAACAAGGGACAGCCAUCUGUGCUCAAAUUCUCAAGACGUGUAUUUACUAUCUUCCUGCCAGCCUUUAUGAUACACUGUCAAAAAAAAAUCUGUCACUGAUACUUGCUUAUUCAUGCAUUUGCUGUGCAGAAUUCACAUCCUUGAGAAAAAUAAUUGCCUAAUCUUUUUAUUAUUGGCAAAACCACAAAUUCAUUUAUACAACAGUUGCAGCAAAACAUCUGUUCUGUCAGCCUGACAUCUGUGGAUAUAUUGCUUGAGACAAGAUAUAGAUUAACUGUCCAACAUAGCAGUAAAUUUUGAACGUACCCAGCUCACCUGUUUCCAAGAGAGAGAGUCAGCAAAUGGUCACAAAUGUCAUGUUUGAACCUCAAGAAAUCAUUUAUUUCUCGACAUAUCCUCCACCAACAUUGAGACACUUGUCCCAUCACUUUACCAAUGCAUCAACACCUGCAGAAGUCUUUUGACUGUCGUCUCACCAUUUCCACACUUCUGUUUGAACGUCUUCAUCAUCAAUGAAACAUCUGCCACCACGGUAGCAAUUUCUCGCUCCAGUUGUGAACUGCUUUGUGUGAUAAACACUUCACACCAUAAACAGGAAACAUUUCUUUAUGUAUAUCCUUUUGCACACAAAAAAAUGCACAACAGAACGGUCACCAUUUUGACUACUGAAAUCAGCCUCUGCACAUGGGUAUGCGAGUCUGCUACCUAGACUGUCAUGAAGCUGGACUGUGUUGCUACCUAGUGAUGAUACACACAGAAAAUCU